AUGCUGCGUUCCAUGUGGGCUCUUCUGAAACGUCAUAAAAAGAAAUGCUUCUUCUUGGGCACGGUGCUCGGAGGAGUAUAUAUCCUGGGGAAAUAUGGACAGAAGAAAAUCCGAGAAAUGCAAGAGAAAGGGGAGCAAGAGGAAUACAUUGCCCAAGCGCGACGGCGGUACCAUUUCGAGAGCAACCAAAGGACCUGCAAUAUGACACUGCUGUCCAUGCUUCCGACACUUAGAGAAGCCUUAACGCAGCAACUCAACUCUGAGAGUCUCACAGCUCUGCUGAAAAACAGGCCUUCAAACAAGCUAGAAAUAUGGGAGGACCUGAAGAUGAUAAGCUCCACCAGAACGGCCGUGGCUGUGUACAGUACGUGUAUGCUGGUCGUUCUUUUGCGGGUUCAGUUAAACAUAAUUGGCGGAUAUAGUUACCUGGAUAAUGCAGCAGUUGACAAAAAUGGCACCACAGUCCUCGCGCCCCCCUAUGUCCAGCAGCAGCACUUAUCAAGCAUCUACCUCCUCCUUGGAGAUGGCCUGACUGAAUUGAUCACUGUCAUUAAGCAAGCUGUGCAGAACAUUCUAGGAAGUGUUUCUCUUAAGCAUUCCUUGUCCCUUUUGGACUUGGAGCAAAAAAUAAAAGAGAUCAGAGCCCUCGUUGAGCAGAAAUCCUCUACUCCCUGGGUGGAUGAGGACGGCCCCGGAGCCUUCCUGUGCUGUUACAUGAUGUGGGACAAGGAGGCCCCACUGACCAUCCAGGCCUGUGAACUUUCCCCCAGAGAUGUGACCAUACUUAAAUUCCUCAAUGAAACCAGGGACAUGCUGGACAGUACAGAUUUCAGGACAGUUUUGACCACCUGCAUGGACCGAGGCUUCAGCUGGCUCCUGGACAAUGUGGCCAAGUUCUUCUGCCCCACAGGACAGGAUCUGCAGCAUGGAGCCUCCAUGGACAGUCUUUCCAGUGUCAGCCUGCCUUUAGCAAAGAUAAUUCCAAUUGUAAAUGGACAGAUCCAUUCAGUGUGCAGUGAAACACCCAGUCAUUUUGCUCAGGAUCUGCUGAUGAUGGAGCAGGUGAAGGACUUUGCAGCCAACGUGUAUGAGGCCUUCAGCACCCCCCAGCAGCUGGAGAAGUGACCUUCCUCUGAGAGAAACUGCCAUCAGGUUCAUUUACUUAAAAAGAAAAU